AUGCGAUUUGCAGUCUUCUUCGCGGCUGUGCAUACUGCGUAUAGCUUCGCGGUGGAGUAUCGUUUCGAUACCGAUUGCUGGCUGGCUGGCGUUUACUGGACCUACUUUCAGAACCUUGGCGGUCCGGAUAGCUUCACAUUCUGGAUCACAGAGCGGCGACCAGAUUCGUCACUCGUUGAAGAUUACUCAUUCGAGCUUCUACGACCGGGCGAGUUUAUACGAGUCGAUAGCGAAUUCUUCUACAAUGAAGAGGAUGAGCCUUUCUUGUUGCUCACCACAGUGCUCUCCAGUCGUCCGAUCGACGAGGGAGCGGUACACGACUUCACCUUCCGGCUUCGAGAUGCUGUGUCCGCCGCCCGCUCAACAAGCCGAUCUGGUGCCGAUUCCACCAGGUCGGAUGUCUCGCUGGAUUGA